CAGUUACUGAGGUCAAAGUCCAUUGUCUAAGCACACAAAACACCAAACUUGGAGAAUCAGUUUGACAACACUUCAACAAACAUGUACAUGUACAAUAUAUGUUUCAAAACUACAAGUUGACAUUUGUUUCUAUCUUGUGUUAUCCUUAUAUUAUAUUUAUCGUUGGGAUGUGGAAUACAUUUUUUGUGGAUAUAUAUAAUUUAGUUGAACAAGUGAAUACAGAUGUCUAGGACCCUAGUAGGGGUUUGACAUUAAAGGACGAUAGAUCAAUUUUGUAGGGAUUUUUUUAUUUAUUUAUUCAACUCAGAGCUGUUUUAAUUCAAUGACCAUAAUGACCAGUUUGCAAUCAGAUGUGUUUAAGGUUUUUAUUCAGUAAUUUUCAUUACAAGUGAAACUAAAGUACAAUUACAUUAUUGUACCAGUUGUCAAUUUUUCAGAAGUCUUCAUUUCCACUUCAAGCUUUAUUAUUACUAUUAGUUAUCGUCAUGAAUAGCUGUAAUUUUCUGAACGGUACAACAGAGUGACUUUCAAAGCAGAAUAGAUAUAAAUAUUUCUGAGUUCUGUAAGAGAUAUAAAGAACACUUUAGCACAAUCUUAGUGAACACAAUUUUGAAAAGUGAAAAAAUUAAUGGCGACUGGAAAAACAAAACGUCCUUUUGGACUUCGUCUACAUUCGGAGAGAAAGGACUCUGAGAGUUAUCUGCUCUCACCAGAGUUGUCGGGGAGCCCGACCCAAUUUUCCCUGUCAUCCUCCUUCUCACUAGGUGGGGACUCAAACCCGGGGCACAGAAACACCUAUGUUAGCAUCCAAAGCACUCCCUCCCCCGACUCAACGCUCAGGAGCAUUGCCCCUCUGCUCCCGCAAAGUAGGCCCUGUAGGGGGCAGCGGUUGCGAGGGGAAUGUAGUCGUGUGCAAAGAGUGGGUGAUCUAGAACACAUCCAUGUGGAUUGUUCCCAGCCUAAGACGUACGACUAUGCUGACUACGGACACCAGUAUGAGGAGCUGCCAAACAGGAAGUCCAUCGCUAAGUCGCCUCAAGACAGCGGGAUUGACUCCCGCUCUGAGAUGUACCAGUCUUCCAGCGGGACAACAGAUAGGUCCGUGUCUGAGACUGGAGAUACUAGCAAUAUUUGCAACAGUCACUUAAGUGAGAAAAGAAAGCGUGUAAACCCGCUGUAUGACGCCAUGACCCAGUCCAUGCCCAGCAUAUACAACAAGACCAAGUCCGAUCAAAUUACAGAGACUCUCAAGAAACAGGUGCGCUGGCUAAAGUGCGCACUUAUUGUGUUUGUUGUCAUCAGCUGUGCGGCACUCGCUGUCAGCAUUUUCGCUGUUAUCAACAACAUCCAAACUAAAGAUGACCGUCACCCAGUCCUGUCCCCUGAAGUUGAACGAUUGUCUGCAAGCCAAGAAAGACUAGAACUAUUGUUGUCAUCAUUCGAGGACAACAAUGAUACGAUGAAGGUGUUGUCAGACCUUGUUCAGAAAGUGAACCGUAUCCAAGGAAACCUGACAGCAGAGCUUGCUGGUCUGAAUGGUCGCCAUGUAAACCAGACCAUGGAGAUACAGAAGAACGUGGAGCAGGCAAUGGCUGACUUCAACAACCUAACUGAUGUGAUCUCGCAUCUCAAUAGCACCCUACAGCUGCAGUUACAUUCAAUCUCAAAGAUGGAGGGACCUCAGGGUCCUCAGGGCGCUGCGAAUUUCUCACAGUGCAAGUACUACAACCACACCCGGAGUUCUGUCCCCUCGGAUAGCAUCCCUACAUACACACCGUGGUUCCCCACCGUUACUAGUCUGGAGUCAAACAUAGCCCUAUUUGCUGCGUGUUCAGUGGAGGGAGGUUUAUACCACAGUAUUCAGACGCAUGCACUGUCCCCACAAACUGUGCAAUAUAAAUGCAAGUGCUCCGGUGUAAGUGUACCCAAGGUGGAGCAAAGACACUGUAUCAUACACAUACUAGAAUGUCCCCGAUUCAGUUAGCUGAUGAUAUACGAAAAAAAGUGUACUUUGUUCCGUGUGCUAAAGCUUGUGAGGAGAUGAGAAAGCAUUUUUGCAGUCAGGAAAUGGCUAAUUGUGAGACGUUCUGUGAUCUGACUAUUAGUCAUAAAAAUAUUGAGCGACUCUUUAUAUACUGGUAAUUCUCAGUGAAUAUGUAGAAACUGGCCUAUGGUAUCAACUUACUAAGUAGAUAUUCUUUAAAUUUGGAGCUUAUAAUUCAUAAUUAUUUUAGGCAUUAAAAUUUUAUACUCAAGAUCUACAUUGUACAUUACAUGAAAGAUCAUUAUAACUGUAUAUAACUGAUCAUUUUAAAAAAUGACUCGAUUUUAUAUCUGACAUUUUAGCUUCUGUAAAAGCUGUUCAGAGGUACUAGGAAUAUUUGAAGUAUGGCUGUUCUUAGACACAUCAAAUUAUCAAGCAUGUUUCAAAGAAACUGUCAUUUUCAUUAAUUUUGAUCACUUUUUUUGUUGAUAGUACAAUAAAUUGUGUAUGCAAUGAGAUCAAAUUUAAUAGCGUAGUUCAUCUGGUUGCCCAUAGUGUUCCAAGUCCAACUUCAAUCAAUCAUGCUGUGUAUUUGUUAUUUUAUUACUCUGUACUUUACCCUGUUUUGUGGUUUUUAUCUGAUUUUAAACGUGGUGAUUCACCUCUUCUGCCACUAGUAGGUCUCAUUGGUGCUCUAGUUAGUACUUGUCUCAAGUACUUUAACAAUUAUGUGACUUCAGCGUGUUCUUUUGAGAUCAUUGGGUCCUUUCAGGGAGAAAUGUACCUCUAAAUAUUGUAAGUUCACACAAAUACUUUAAUAUUAGUUUUUUAAUAUUACAUAAGAGUGAACGAUUAAAUUGCAAAAAAUUUCAUGUGCUAAUGCUUUGAUUUAACAAUAAGUUUUCACAACAUACAUGUAUAUAAUCAUUUAACUUCUCAGGGUUACUGUAUUAAAAAUGAAAUCAUAUGGCCCUGGUGACUUAUUCAAGUUUUGAGAAACCUGUAUUUUAAAUUCUUUCAAUAUUAUUGUACAAUGAGAUGAUUAGUACUUGAAGAUUGGAUAAAUCCUCCUUCAAAGACAAUGUUUUAUUAAUUAUGUGUUACAGCAUUAAUUAUGUGUUACAGUUGAAUAAUUUUUAUAUCUUUACAGAAUUUUAAAUGCGAAAUUAUUUGAAGUGCAUGUAGUCUUGGGAACGAGUUCUUAAACAAACAAUAUACUUUUGUUCAUACAUGUUCAAUACCAAUUUAUUGUAGUCUGAGAUGUUGAAUAUACAUAUAUAUAUAUAUGUAUAAUAAUAUGUAUAUAUAUACCUUUUCAAUUUAACAUAUUGAAAUGGAAUGAAAAAUACAGCAUAUUAUUUUCACAAUGCACUUACCUACUGCCAUAAUUGUUUUAUAUUUAGUGUAUUCAUAUUAAUAUAUCCAGUUUGCAGAAACAGCAUCAUAUUUUAUAUUUGCCAGAACAAUUUCACAUACUGUAUUUAUAACAGUAUGUUAUUUUUUAAUGUUUCACAUUUUUGAGAUUUUAUUCAUUGCUAUAUUUUUUGACUUGUGCAAUUAAAAUAAUAUAUAAAGUAA